AUAAUUCAGUCAGGCGCGUAUUGUUUCUGUUUUAUACAAAUGGAUGAUCCUACUACCACGAUCUUAUCCAGCGAAACGCAAGAGCUGAUAGAGGCACGCGAUGCUGAGCUAAGGAAUGUUUUGAAACUCAGGUUGAUAAUAAAUAAGGUGCGUUGUCUGAAUUUAGGUCCGCAGGAAAGUGCUGAAGUGCGACGGGCAUUAAAAUUCGUCUCAAUUGGCGAUUUUGUGCGUCUAGGCGAGGGUGACAGAGAGCAGGAGCAUUUGCUGGACUUGCAGGACUAUGGUAAUUGUCCACCUUUGAGCUAUACAGAUCGGAAAGCUGUCCGCAGCAAGCUGAUUGAGAAUCUGCGCGCCACUCUGACGCCCAUUGCAGAUAUGGCGGACAAAAUGCGUGCCGAAUGGCCUGACCUGUUUGCUAAGGAUUCGGAUGAGGAGCUAAGUACAGAACAACAAGAGAUUCUGCGAUUAGAGACGGAGUAUCGUGAGCAUUUGGAGAAAUUGGUUAAGCUACGCAGCCGCAAGUGUGCGCUAAUGAAAGCCGUUGCAGAGCUCAAGCUGGGUCCUUAUUUGGGGCAUCAGCUCGAAUCCCAGCAAGCGCAGGCGCAGUUGCUGCAAACUAAGGCGGAGUUGCUGCGCGGCUUCUUUAUCAACGAAAUCGUAUCACGUACAGAGCAUAGCUUAAAGGCACACAAGGAGGUGGAAAAGUAUAUUGAUGAGCUGCUGGACACCAAUAAGUCAACAGCAGAGGCAACAAGGCGUUAGUUUAUAAAAAAAUAAGUAAUUUAAUAAAAUGCUAAAUUCAAAUAAAUGGCAGCAUACCAGGGCGUGAGUGCAGUAUUUA